UCGUGCUGAAGUGGAGUAUCAGUUGCGAUGCUCAUGUUAUUGUGGUUAUUUGUGUGUCUGUCGUACAAGGCCUGCUAGUCUUUUUCUGCUGCAUUUUAUUAUGAUGUCUUGACUUGUUGAGACGAAGAGCGUGCCCAAGUAACACCGCGUUGUCAGAGAACCCCCCAGCGAGAAGCAGCGUCAGAAACCAGGAGCCUCUAGAGUGAAGUGCCUAAACAUUCCAGAGGUCAGGUCCAACGCCAUGCAAGGUUCGCUUCCCCAAAUCCUCUUUUCCCCUUCAAGGACCCAGAGCCACUUUCCCGCCAAAAUCAACUCCUUAUCCCACUAUACCCUCCAUAAAAUACUCUUCUCUACACUAGCACACAUACUCUUGGAGAAGAGAGAGAGAGAGAGAAAUGAAGGGGACGACGCAGGUAAUUAUGGGAGCUACACUGGUAAUGGCAGGAAGCCUCGCCAUCGUGUUGGGCCUUGUCCUGGUUCUUCUAGCCGAGCUCUACUGCUCCCUUCUGCUUCGCCGGCGCAGGCUCCAGAAAACCGCCGCCACCUCCGACGCCCUGGCCCCCGCCCCUCCCGCCGCUAGCCCCUCUUCCUAUCCUCUGCCACGCGCUUCUCUUCUCAGCAGCUUCUACGCGCAUGGCGUCCUCGACGCCCCCCGGAGCCUCCUGUUCCCCGCAGUUACCCGCGACUUAAGCCGAACAGAGCCGAAGCUGAGUCCCCGCCAAAUCGGUCUCGCCACAGGUUCUUCUCCGAGUUUCGCCUCCGUUAGCCUGACGCAGCAUGUCGAGGACUUUCCCGUGCGAGGAAGUUACAACCACGGGAAUGCAUCGGAACAUUUGGUGUACAUAUCGAACCCCAUCUACGACAAUAACAUGAACCACCAGAAUCGACCAGUGAGCACUCCAUUUGAGACUCCCGACUCGUCGCCGUCGAGGUUAGAGGCCGGGCCUUCCUCCGGUGACGAUGACGAGGACUCGGAAGAGGCAGAACCAUCAUCUCGACAGAGUCCCGUCACUCCUCCACUGACCCCAAUGAAGAAACUUCCCGCUCAGGCCUGCUCUGUUCCAUUGGGAGAUGCAGGGUCUCUGUGCACAUCAGGGAGCGAUUCUCAUACACACAGCAACAACGGCCUCUCAUUCUCAUCCACAGGAACCCCAUCUACUUCUCCUUCAUGGUAGUUUAGUUUGGUUUACUGCAUUUUCUGCAAAAACAAUGUAGAAAUAUGCUAGAAAAUCUGCUCGGUUCUGCAACUUUUUGGAGUUGUGUGUCAUGUGCGGGAGCAAGUGAUGAUCAAUGGAGGGUGGUUUUUCGCUACUUUGGUAUCUUUGCAGGCAUGCACAUUGGGCUCGCCCACCUAAAGCCACGCUUGUACUGACUGAAACUGUUCUGUUUUUUUUUUUUACUUCUUUUUCCCCUUGUAGUGAUUGCUUGCUCCUCCUUCUCUUUUCCUUUGUAAGAUAUCUCUUCCAUAAAUUAGCAGAGGCAGUGCUUUGACUCUACUUUGGUUCUGGUCUGUUAUGUGUGGG